UAAAAAAAAAACACGAAAUAAGGAUGCCCGCUAAGGAAUUACCAGUCUUCCCAGCUGUGCGUUUUUCUGCAGUAUCAGCGAUUGACCUGAGUCGCCUGAACAAGUUCAAUUGCAACAACGGCACCGCCUGCAACAACAUCAGGGGCGUCUUCAACUGCUCCAAUGGACACUGCAAGAACAUGUCGGAGUUCUUCCUGUGCCACCACAAAGCAGAUGGGCACACGAUCAAUUCCCAGAAGGACAACACCAAGCUGAAUGGAUUCUUCGAGUGUCAUGGGGUGCACUGCACCAAGAUCAAGAAGCCUUUCAGUUGCGAUCGAUACUGCUCCAAGAUAACGGCUAGAUCGACUCGUUUUCACUACGUUGCAAACUUCAGACUGAAAUCAUAUACCCUCUGCAAGGGUAUAAAAACUGAAUAAAACUCGUUUUGAAUUUGAUUUGAUCUACUAGCUUAUUAGAGCUUUCACUGCUCUCUAUGGCAUUGACAUAAUUUAUCAUAAAGUUGAAUGCUCGUAAAAAAGAUCUUCGUAAUAAAGGCAUAUUUUUAGACUGGGUCACGACAUAAAUAGAAUUGGCAUAGGUGUCUUUGAAUAUAAUUUGUGCAACAAACUAACCCAGAAUCCUUAUCGGGUCACCAACAUAAUUUACAUGUUUCGCAAGAUUUUAAUUUGGGCGUUUUCAUUUUUCAAAAUAGAUCUACAGGAUCUACGCUGCAUCAAAUUUGAUACCAUCCACUU